AUGGAGGUCGGGCGUUUCUAUGAUGUUAAUCGAAUAAAACAAAAAGAAGGGGGGAAGCUGAUGCUGCUGCGCGUGCUGCUGCUGCAGCAAAAGGAUGGGCCCACUCUUAUGGGGCAGCCCUUUCUAGAGAAUAUUCGGGUAUGGGCUCGCGUGCUGAAGCACUUUCGAGGCCCUAAGCUGCACUUAGGGAAGCACCGGCCAAAGAAGUGGAGGAAGAUGUGGGGCCACCGCCAGGCCCUCAGCCGCAUAUUAAUUGAACGCAUUGAAGAUGUGCAGCAGACGAUGCAGCUGCAGCAGGCUCAGCAAGACCCUCUAGUUGCUGCGCUACUCGCGAUCCGGCGCUACGAGCAGCCAAGUAAAGAUUUGCCUUUAUAUCGUGCUGCUGGUCUAUCUCCUGCGGUGUAUAGGGAGCUUCCUUUGGUGGGGGAUGAUCCGUUAGCCUUAUUAGACCCUCAUUUAAAUUCUUUAGUCGCUGCAAGACUAGCAAAGGGAUAUACAGACAUACUGCCCAUACUGGGGGAGGGAGUACGCAGCCCCACCGAAGCAACCAACACCUAA